UUAUGAUUUGACAGACGUCAAAACAAUCCACCUUAGUAUUUCCAAAAUAUUUUGUUGUAAAAAUUUUAGUAAUAUUUUACAAAAAUGUCGGCGGCAAUUUUGACUGCCGACUGGUUCCUUUUGGGACGAGACUUGUAUUUCAGAAAAUUCGAAAUAUAUUCUAUGGCAUGGCAGCAAGAUAUUAAUUUGGAGAACUUUAUUGCUGCUUGUGCACCAUAUGGUGGACCUAUUGCUAUACGUAGAGAUGAAGCGAAAGUUGUAAGGGUUCAUGGAACUGGUCAACCAAUUAUAUAUAUUUUCUCAGGAUAUGGGAAACAAAUUACUUCAUUUAAAUGGACAAAGAAGCCAAUAGUCAAAAUGGAUUGGUCAAAUAAUGAAAAAUUAAUAUGUGUACAAGAAGAUGCUUCGGUAAUGGUUCAUGAUUUGUUUGGAAAGUUUGAAUUGAACUUCAGCAUCAGCCCAAAACUAAAUGAUACUAAAAUAGUUGAUGCAAAGAUUUUUACAAGUCCUCAAAAUUUCACUGGAAUAGCUGUAAUGACAGCUAAUUACAAAAUAUUUUUGUUGAACAACAUCCAAGAUAGAAAAACUAGACAACUUUCUGAGCUACCAAGAUCCAAUGUACCACCCACAUGUUGGGCAGUUGUUUCAGAAAAUUCUUGCACAGAAGUUUUAAUAGCUCGAGGUAUGGAGUUAUAUAGAUUGAAACAAGAUGAACAUCAUACCAGUGCAAUGCUCCAGGCGGAUUUUGAGCACAGUUAUACUUCUAUACUGGACAUAGCAGUUUCAUUUAAUGCUCGCCAUUUAGCUCUGUUUACAGACACUGGAUAUUUAUGGUUAGGUUCGACAAAUCUUACAGUCAAAUAUUGUGAAGUGGACACAAAAAUUACUCAUAAACCAAAACAAAUUAUUUGGUGCGGUAAUGAAGCAGUUGUGUUAUAUUGGGAGUAUGAUAAUUCCCUUCUAAUAGUUGGUAAACAUGGACAAAAAAUGAUGUACACAUAUGAUGGAUCUCUAUAUCUGGUACCAGAAAUUGAUGGAGUCAGAAUUCUAUCAACCACUCAACAUGAAAUGUUACAAAAAGUACCAGAUGUUGUUGAAAAAAUCUUUCGAAUCAAUAGCACUGAUCCAGGUAGUUUUCUAUUGGAAGCUUCCAAACAAUUUCAGAAGGGCAGUCACAAAGCCAAUGAAUACAUAAGUCUUGUUAAAAAUGAUCUAGUCAAAGCUGUUGAACAAUGUAUUGAUGCUGUGGGUUAUGAAUUUGACACCAAAGUUCAAAAGAUGUUAAUUAGGGCAGCACAAUUUGGAAAAUGCUUUAUAUCUGAUAAUUCCUAUUCAUCUGAUAAAUAUGUUAAUAUGUGUCGUUUACUUAGGGUCUUAAAUGCUGUUAGAGACCCAAAGAUUGGAAUAUCAUUAACGAUUACACAACUACAAUACUUGACAUAUAAAGUUUUGUUAAACAGAUUAAUUACAAGGAACAAUUACUAUCUAGCUAUACAAAUAGCGAAAUAUUUGAAUAUGGCUGAUAGUGAUGGAACCAAUCAUAUUUUAGUCCACUGGGCAAAAUACAAGGUCAGUCAGUCACAAUUGGAAGAAGAAACUGUGGCAAGGGAAAUUGCUGAAAAAUUGGGUUAUACAACUGGUAUUUCAUACAGUGAAAUUGCUAGUACUGCAGCUGAUCAUGGCAGAAGAAAAUUGGCAAUUAAACUUUUGGAUUAUGAAUCAAAUGCUAGUGAGCAAGUGGAUCUCUUAUUGAAAUUGGGAGAGAAUACUCCUGCACUAGUGAAAGCUAUUGAAAGUGGUGAUACUGAUUUAGUAUAUAUGGUCAUACUUAAGUUGAGAGAAAAAAUGGCACUAGGAGACUUCAAAAUGACAAUUAGAAAUUAUCCUGUUGCACAAUCUCUAUAUAUUAAAUACUGUAAGGAACACAACACCCAAGCGCUUAACGAAAUUUACAUUCAAGAGGAUGACUUUAGUGCCCAAGCGCAGACAUUCAUUUUGGAAAGCUUAGAUGACAAGAAGAGCCAUGUUAAAGAUUCAUUACUUACAUCAGCUAUGGAAGCUUACAAAAAGGGCAGAAAAGAGUUGUAUGCUAGCAUGUGUGAAGAGAAUCUGAAAUUGUUACGGUACCAAAGAGAACUUGAAGAUAAAUUAAACAUGAAGAACAAGUUUGUAGGCAAAUCAGUACAUGAAACUUGCAAAUUGCUUCUAGAAUUAAAUGAUAAGCUGGCUGAAAAAUUCAGAAGUGAUUACAAGAUACCAGACAAAAGAUUUUGGUUACUAAAGAUACACAGUUUGGUCCAAAAAGGAGAUUGGCUAGAAUUGGAACGUUUUUCUAAAGUGAAAAAAUCUCCCAUAGGAUAUGCUCCAUUUGUGGAUGUUUGUUUGGAACAUGAUAAGAAGGACGAAGCCCUUAAAUAUUUGUCCAAAGUUGGUGAAGAUGUUAAGGUUAAAUAUUACACAAAAGCAGGAUUCCUGGAACAAGCCGCAGACAUCGCAUUUCAACAAAGAGACAUUCAAGGGCUACUUUUUGUUCAAAGCAAGUCACCCUCACAGUCCCCCUUAUCAGAAAAAAUCAAUGCAAUGGUUAUGCAAUUGGAUUCCAAGAAGUAAUUGUGAUAUUUACUUUAUAAGUUUUAUUUUAAUUUUGAUUUAUUUUGUUAGAUUUUCUAGUUUAUUACCAUUUAUUCUUAAGUAUAUUAAUUUGUAAAUAUAUAUGUAUACCAUUA